CCACAUAGAGCUGCCACGAUUCCCUUCCUCUCUCCUCCUAACAGUCAAGAAUUGCAACCGCCUGAUAGGUGGAGAUUUAUUUGCUUCUCCCGAGAGAGAUCGAGAGAGAGAGAAAGAGAGAAGGGGUGGAGGAUGGAGGUGGUUGCCGGUGGUCAGGCCUCCCGGCUUUUCACCGGCGGAGGUCAAGCAAGCUCGUCCCGUGGCAGGGCGAAACCUCAAUUGAGGGAGUCCGUCCGCUGUUUCUACGGGACGGCCGUCCUGGGAUGGAAUCGCCGCGGCGCAUCCUCCCGCCCUCGGGGAUCAAGUAGCGUCUCCGCCGGGGUUUCUUACGGGUGUGUUUCGUCCGGGGUCAGAAUUUCCACGUUUUCUGAUGACGGACACCUUCGGUACUAUGCUCGGAAGGGACCGUUCGCGAGGGCGGAGAGGACAGCGGAGUGCGAGUCCGAGAGGAAGAAGGAAAAGGAGAAGAAUAAGGACAAAGAGGGGAAGAGGAGGAUGAAGUUAGUGAAGGGAUUGGCUGAUAAUCUGCGGGCUUUUGCCGCUAUGGAUUUCGCCAUUGGGAACGGUGAGGAUUUGGCGGGAGACGUCAGGGCCAAGACGAUGGCGGAAGCUGCGCAGGCUCUACUCACUCAGUUGGAAGCGCUGACAGCUGAGGAGAUGGAGAUGAUGAGGAAACAGAAAGCGGAAAGGGUGGUACCCAGGAAAGCUCAUGCUAAGAUGGAAAACGAAGACGGGAGGGCAGAAGAAGAGGAUUCGUCCAGCAGCAGUAGUUGCUCCUCUGAGUCCUCAAGUGACAGUGAGUGCGGCGAGGUGAUUAGCAUGAAGGAUCUUCGGGUCGCUGCUGCACAACAGCACAGAACAGAGCUUCGUGAAGAAUUGCAGCAACGACCACCUUUGCUGCAAGUUGUCGGGUGCCAGACGGCGGCACCAAUGGACCCUCAAAUUCAUCUACUUGAAUCGUCGACGAUGCAAGUGGAAGCGUCCAUCGAAGCAGCUCCGGCAAUCGCAGCAGCUCCUGAAGAAGCAACUGAAAAAACGAAAAUCGAGGUCUGCAUGGGAGGGAAGUGCAAGAAAUCAGGGGCUCAGCAGGUGGUGGAGGCAUUCGAGAGGGUCUUAGGAGCAGGUGGAGCCGUCUCAGUGUGCAAAUGCUUGGGGAAGUGCCGCGAUGGGCCUAACGUCAGAGUGGUGUCGAGCACAGCUGCUACUAGCACCACCAAUGAGGAGGGAGUCAUGGAAGACCCUGCAACUGCACCAAUUUGUGUGGGAGUAGGAUUGCAGGAUGUUCAAGUGAUUGUGGCAAAUUAUUUUGGGGACAAAGAACCGGGUCUUUUAGCAGUUUGAACAAAAGCAGUACAAAAAACUUACCUGUGAACAGGUUUGCGGUUCCUCAACUUUGUCUGCAUGCCAACCAUGGCUGUCGAUGGCUGUUCUCAACGGGUGAUGUUAACAGAUGGAUACUAUGGGACAUGAUAAACGAUGGACUGGAACAAGUUGGCUUCAGCUUAUUGUUUCAUCGGAUGAAAAUUGGUUGUUAUUUUUCGUGUGUCGUGCUAUUAUUAUUUCAAAGAACAGAAUAGUUAGUAAUCUUAAGUUUAAAGGCACAUAUGAGAAACGCAAGUCAGAGUGAAACUCUAGUGAUUUUAUGCAAGAUUGAGCAUAUGCAUGUGACCUAAUAUGUAAAAAUCAUCAGAAGGAAUCAAGUUUUAUUUUGUGUU